CCAAGUUCAAUAAGCCCCCUAAGAUAUAUAAAUACAAACGAAGAUCGAGAAGAAAUCGGCGGAACCUAAUUUUGAUUUCCAAUACGAAUUCGAUAUCUUGUGGCGAUGAUAUCCGAUCUUCCAAGGGAUUUGGCGGAGAGGGUACUCUCUAGGCUUCCUGUGACAUCUCUGAGAGGAGUGCGAUGUACAUGCAAAAACUGGAAAGCUUUAUCAAAAGACAGGAUUUUUACAAAGAGGCACAUCGGUGAAGCAAAAGCAGAAGCAAAGAAGAGGAAGGAGUUUCAGGUGGUGAUGAUGCUCGAUUUUAGGGUUUAUUUAUUCAACGUCAAUCUCCUCAAUCCAUCACCUAUGGAGCGUAUAGGUGAACUUAUCAGCCUAGAUCGCAUCGAGAUAUCUCGAAUCUUUCACUGCAGCGGUUUGUUGCUAUGCAUCACCAAAGACAAAUCUAGGCUUGUUGUGUGGAACCCUUGUUCGGGACAAACGAGGUGGAUCGAACCUCCGAGAAAUUCUCAUUACGACAUAUUGGACAGGUACGCUCUCGGUUAUGAAAAGUACUCGCAGCAGCGUCCUAGCCUCAAAGUGUUGAGAUUUGUGGAUGAUGUCGACACGCGUGUGAAUCGUCGUGUUACCAAGUUUGAAAUCUACAAUCUAAGCUCUAACUCAUGGAAGGUUGUUGAUGGUGUCAAUGAUCCGGACUGGGAAAUAGAAUCUCACCACUAUGGCGUGUCUCUCAAAGGAGGCAACACUUACUGGUGUGCACGACAGAAGCAUGAUCCACCACGCCCGGAUUUCCUAAUCUGUUUUGAUUUUACGACCGAGAGAUUUGGGCCCCGCCUGCCUCUGCCUUUCCGCACUUUUUGGGAAGAGACAGUGACUCUUUCUAGUGUUAGAGAAACGCAGCUCGCCGUUUUAUGUCAGAAAUCUAGUUCACAGGUCUUCACCGUCAAGAUAUGGAUUACUAGUGAAAUUGGGCCCAAUAGUGUGUCGUGGAGGAAGUUGUUCUUAGCGGCUGAUAUGAAACCACUCAUCGGUUUUAAGUUUAUGUAUGGCAGUUUCUUCGUUGACGAGAAGAAGAAAGUAGCAGUGGUUGUUGAUAAAGACGGCCAUAGAUAUCCUCCAACUCGCAACAUGGCUUAUAUCAUUGGAAAGAAUGGAUAUGUCAAACAAGUUGAUCUUGGCGAGUCUAGAAACUUGACUUGCUUCCCACUUGUGUGCUCUUUUGUUCCGAGCUCACUGCAAAUCAACCACCGUGGCAACCACUAACACACUUUGAUUUUCUUAUCUUUAAUUAUUUAUUUGUAUCUCAAGACAGUUUCUCUGCUAGAAAUUGGGUCGGCUCUUUUUUCCUAUAAAUUGAGUGCG